AUGCUCACCCUUCAAGUGUCGUCGCCGUCGCCGGACCCCGCGCGGCAGCCUCAGUUCCCGCCACCCACGCUCGCAGACCUCAGCCGCAACGCAUCUGUCAUCUCUUCCUCCUCCUCGUCCUCUUCAACGUCGUCCUUGCACCCUCUCACCCCGCCUCAGCGUCCGAUCAGGACAUUCUCAUCACCUCGCUCGCGUAGCCCACCGACAACACCUACCGGGUCGCGUCCACCGCCCUUUCUGCGUAACGGGCUUAACGAUGCCGCUGCAUCCAUGGUCGGCACCUCGCCCCCACGAACUCGGGCGCAGUCUCGAGUGAGAGGCUCGCGCAACAACUCUGCUAGCGCACGACCGAGCGCCGCCGACUUCGAGUUCGGCGACAUCCUCGGCGAGGGCUCCUAUUCAACCGUCAUGUACGGCAAAUCCCGCGCAACGGGCCAAGAAUAUGCCAUCAAGGUCUUGGACAAGGCCCAUCUCAAGCGCAACAACAAGCUCCAGACCGCCCUAGCCGAAAAAGACUCGCUUGUCCGCCUUGGCUCGGGCCAUCCAGGCAUCGUGCGCCUGCACUAUGCUUUCCACGACGAGUGGUCAUUAUAUUUCGUGUUGGACUAUGCACCUAACGGGGAGCUGCAGUCCCGGAUAUCCCGGAUGGGAUCACUCUCUACCACGUGUGCGCGGUAUUACGCGGCGCAGCUCGUCGAUGCGCUCGAGUAUAUGCAUAAUCGCGGCGUUAUCCACCGCGACCUCAAGCCGGAAAACCUCCUGCUCGACAAGGACUUUCGAAUAAAGAUCACCGAUUUUGGCACCGGCAAGAUCGUUGAUUCGGCAGCGGUGAGAUCAAAGACCUUUGUGGGCACGGCGCAGUAUGUGUCACCGGAGCUACUCGAAAGCAGCGAAACGAGCAAAAGCUCGGAUUUAUGGGCGCUCGGUUGCAUCAUCUACCAGAUGAUUGCGGGCCGGUUCACUUUCACCGGGCUGUCCGAGUACCUGACCUGGCAGAAGAUCAAGGCGCUUGAGUACACGUUCCCGGACGGGUUUGACGAGGACGCGAAGGACCUCGUCACGCGGCUGCUGCUGAAAGAUCCGGCUGCGCGAUUAGGUGCGGGGCCACCAGAGAGCGAGAACUCGAUGGAGGCGCUCAGGAGCCAUCCGUUCUUCAAGGAGGUGAACUGGAAAACGCUGUGGACGGAUCCGGCGCCGCCGCUGGAGGCAGGGCUCGUGAAGAAGGCGCUGCCGAGCCCAGGGAAUGGGGAUUUCGAUGAUUUAGAAAUCGACUCGGGCAGGUGGGAUGUUGGGUGGGAUGAUGUACCGGGCCUGAGCAGGCGGGGGAGCGUUCAGAGUCACGGCGCAGAGACCGGUGAGGCAGAGGGCGAGGAUAGUGAGACAGAGGAGGAUAUGCGGAGGCCGCAGGACGAGAUGGAAUGGGCGCCGGAUGCGCAGACGGGGUACCAGACAGGCGAGAGGAAGAGCGAGCAAGGGGUCGGUGAGGUCGGAUACGGGUACGCGGGCGGGGGACUAGGGGCGUAUACCUUUCCUGCAACCACGGCGCCGGCUGGUGGGGCGGAAGAACAGGGCCCUCUGGGCGAAGCACCGCGUUACGACUACGCUCUCGCGCACGCGCCAGCGCCGGCUGUGCCAGUCGGCGGACACUUGGACGUUAGCCCUGCCAUGCGAGAGCGUAGCUCCAGCACGUCGAGUGCUGCGACGGACGCAACGGAUGCUACGGACGCGACUGAACUAGCUGCCGAGCGCGAGCACGCAGGCGUCCCGGUUCCGGUCCCAGCAGGCAAACAGGAAGACGUGGCCGCAGCUGCGGCGGUCGGCUACAUCUCUGCCGGAUCCGCUACUAGCCAGAGCUCGUCAUCCGGCGGGAGUGGUGGGGGAAGUCCGAUCGAGCGCCUCGGUGCGGCGUUACAGAGCAUGGGUUUCGACCGCGGGCGGAGUCGUGCACAGACACCCGUACAGGGCCACAGCCCGAGCCCGCGCGCGAUCUCGACAUCCGGCUCGGGUUCAUCCGAAGGACAUUGUCCCGCUGGGGAGCUCCCUCACGAGCUCGAGACGGGCCUGAACGCGCUGCUGUUUGCGGGCGAGCGCGUGCUCUACACAGGCGGAGUCGAGGCUGGUUCGCUCAGGCGGCGCGCCAGCCGGCUGCUGCUCCCUGCGAGCGUGGCAGGACGGCACAGUAAGGUCAGACAGCUGGUGUUAACCAAUAGGCGGCUGGUGCUCGCGAAACGGAAGGAAGGUGGGGUGCUCUCCGUGAAGGUAGAGAUGAGCCUCGUGCCGGUGAUGAAGGAGCGGUCGCCGGAAACGCCCAAGGGCCACAAGGGAGGCGAGAAGGAGAAGGGAAAGCGCGAGGGCGGCGGGUUCAGGGUCCGGGAUAAGGAGGGGAAGGAGACGCCGAAGACAAAGGAGGUCAGGAUGACGCUUGUUACUGGCAUCGAGCCUCGAGGCGACAGAAGUUUCGAGCUGUUGACGGUCAGUGCUCGUAUAUGA